AUGGUGAAGGCGAACUAUAUUCGCGCUGGGCGCUUGGUGCGCAUCAUCCGCGGCCCCCGUCAGGACCGCGUCGGCGUUGUUGUUGACAUCAUCGACGGCAACCGUGUGCUUGUGGAGAACCCCGCGGACAAAAAGAUGUGGCGCCACGUGCAGAACCUGAAGAACGUUGAGCCGCUGAAGUUCAGCGUGGAAUUGAGCCGCAACUGCAGCACACGGACACUGAAGAAUGUACUCGCGGAAAAGAAAAUUCUUGAGAAGUACGCCGCCACGAAGUCCGCUAGACGCAUUGCAGCAAAGAGGGCGUUUGCAAGGUCGACAGACUUUGAGCGCUAUCAACUGCGUGUCGCCAAGCGCUCUCGUGCCUUCUGGACGCGCAAAGUUUUUGACGAGAAUGACAAGAAGAAACCCGUCUCGUGGCACAAGGUUGCUCUCAAGAAGCUGCAGAAGAACGCCAAGAAGGUUGACAGCAAGCCAGCAGCUAAGAAGCGCAUUGAGAAGGCCCGCGCUGCUCGCAAGGCCAAAGCCGCCGCCGGUAAGAAGUAA